AUGUGUGGAGAAGAAUCUACCACUCAUAUGCUUAUUCAGUGCACCUUUGCAAGGAGUGUUUGGAAUGCUAUAUCACAAGAUAUUGCUCAAGAAAUAUCCAGUGUUCAAGACAUACAACAUUGGAUAAAAACUUGGAGUAAUACAUAUUCAAGCAUAAACUUCAAGAAGCAAGAAACCAUCAACCUCAUUGUGAUUGCUUUGUGGUUUAUAUGGAAGGCAAUAUGUGAAUUGGUGUUUGACAACAAAAGAAGCUCUACUAAUAGCUUAAACACAGAAUUAGAGAUUUCUGCCAGAACUGAAGGAAGCGGAACUAACAUAAACAGAUGGAACCCUCCUCAAAGAGGAUGGCUAAAAAUCAAUAUUGAUGCUUCUGUUCCACCUGGUAGUAAUAUUGCUGGAAUUGCUCUAAUUAUUAGAUAUUUUGCAGGUCAAUUGGUGGAAGCCUGGACAAUGAUAGAAAGAGUGAGGGAUGUGACCCAAGCAGAAGUUGUUGCAGCAUUAAAAGCUCUCCGAUGGAUAUAUCAACUUCAACUGCAGAAUGUUACCUAA